AUGUCGUGCCGGCAAAGCGGCGCUGGGGCUGUGGAGCAGCAGCGGCGACGGUUCGCCGAUGCCGAUCUCAAACACCAGGCUGCGGAGUACUACCGAAUCAACGAAGUCCCGCAGCGCCUGGAGGAGGUGCUCAACACCAUGUUCUACCACCGCCCCGUAGACUUCUAUGGCUAUCUGGCAAACUACUUCUCUGAAUUAUCAAAGCCACCAGCGAUAAGCAAAUUAGUUGGAAAACGGGUGCUGGAUGGUACUGGUCGACCAAUAUUAGAAGUGGAAGUGUCUUGCCGAGUUAGGGACUGCGACAAGAGAAUUUGUUCCAGCAUGAUCUCUUCUCAUGCUGAAUUUCUUGAAAAUGCUUCACCAGAAACAGUUGAUGCCGAUGAAAAGGAAAGAUAUGAAUCUAUAAGUACAGCAAUUGAAUGGAUAAACAAAUCAUUGAAUGAAAUGCUCAGAGGCCUUCAACCUACUGACCAACAUAAUGUUGAUGAACUGCUAGGUGAAUAUUUUACAAACAAAGCAGAAGAAGACAAGGAAAGAAGGGAAGAAAAAGAAAAAGAAAACCAGGAAGUAGUGCUUCCUGUUUCUCAACCUGCUACAGCACCAUCUGGGAAAAAGAAAUCAAACAAACCAGGGAAGAAGGCCUCUUUGCCAGAGAAGCCAGUCCUGCCAGCAGAACCCACUGAACCUGUAGUGAUGGGCAGCAUGGCUAUUGGGUGUAUAUCACUUGGUGUUGCAAAGACUGCUGCGACUAUUUGUGACGUACCUUUGUACUUACAUAUCGCUUCGCUGAAACACAAUCAGGAAUUGCCUAAAGAACUGGCUAUGCCAUUGCCGAUGAUAACGAUUUUGAGUUGUGGCAAAUCAUCACCUGGAAAAUUGAAUUUAAUGAAAGAAGUGAUGCUUAUACCUCCAACCUGGUCAACAGUUAAACAAGCUAUAGAAAGAUGUAUGGAUAUUCAGAAACAAAUUAUGAAGUUGGUCGAACCACGCUCUCAACAGCCUAGCGCCGUGGGAGAUGGUAAAAAGCCUGCUUCACGAGAUGCAGGGAAAAAAGCUCCGCCUUCUGUUCUUAAAAAAAUGUCUCACUUGGGCUGCCUAGCGAUAGGGAGUGAAAGCCUAGAACAACCUCUGACCUUGAUCCAGUCGGCCUGUGCAAAUAUUACCUUGGAACUAGGAAUAGACAUGUACUUGGGAAUAAACUGUGCUGCUCAUGAACUAAUGGACUACUCUAAGGGAAAAUAUGAAGUACUGCUUGGAACAUACAAGACCGCAGAAGAAAUGGUGGAUAUGUAUGCGGACCUGCUUAAUAAAUUUCCUUCUAUUAUAACAUUAAUAGAUCCAUUGAGGAAAGAGGACCACGAGCAAUGGAUUGCUUUACGCAAUACUCUGGGCUCUAAAUGUCAUCUUAUUGCAGAAGAUUCAUGCAGGAGUGUGUCUAAACUUCUGGAGAGCAAAACCAAAAACAGACCAAAAUGCAGUGGUCUCAUCUUAAAACACACAAACGAGGCUAAAAUUUCUGACCUUUUAGAAAUGACCCAGCUUUUAGAUGGUCAGAGACACAUUUCCAUAUUAGGAAGUCCAGACGGAGAGUCUUCUGAUGACAGUCUUGUGGACCUGGCUGUUGGACUGGGAACCAAGUUCAUCAAACUGGGAGGUCUUUCGCGUGGAGAGAGAGUGACCAAAUACAACCGCCUUCUUGCUAUAGAGGAGGAACUGGGCAAGAAUGGAAGACUCCGUGACCGAGAGGAGCAUGAAUUUAUUGAUUUUACUGAAGAGGAAGAAGAGGAGGAGGAGGAGGAAUUUGAUUAUACUGAUUUUCCUGCAGGGGCAGUGCAACCUGCUGUGUAGAAAGUGGUAUUUCAGAUGUGGUAUUUGUUAGCUCAGACCUAAGCCUGGAAUUCUUCACUUGAGAGCAUACUCAUCUUUCCCAGGCUACCACCAUGGGAUAGCAGCUGGGAUGAGACAGUAGAUCAUGUUGUUUGUCUCAGCAUCUUUAGGGGCAUUUAAAACAUUUGUAUUUUGUCUUCCUACUCUUCAGCCUCCAAAGCAGCUUAAUGAAAAUUUGCUACAUGGCAUACUAUCUACUACUGUUCCUUGUUUUAUAAGGAUGUGUGCACUUUCAGGGAUAUUCUGCCUUUGAAGUGGUUGGGAAAUAAUUGUAUAUUCUGGAAAUGACUACAAA